GGUUCAACCAGAAGUUUUCAUACACCGGCGUUCCUCACCGUCUGACGUGAAAUCAGACCGAACUUCUCAGGUCAGAAUCAAAUUAUUUCUAUUUACUCAACGAGAGAAAAUAAUUUUAUUUUAACGUCUUCAAGAUCAGAAGCUGGUGGACGUCGUCCUUCAGGCCACACGCCGUUAAAGAUCACAUUUCAUGUGAGGGGAAAAUGUGUCUGCUGGCUGUUCAGUCAGAUGGAUCAUCCCUCGGUCGGGUCGGGUCGGGUCGGGUCGGGUCGGGCGGCAGCCUCAGAAGCAGGGUCACCCAGAGAACGGCGAGCCGGUCCUGGGGGUUCCUCGGUCCAGAGCCCACCAGGAGGCGCUGCGGAGUGAAACCCGAUUACUCUUGGAAUAUAAAACAGGCUAAAGCUGAAACGAAUUCAGAUGCGAGCGACUUUAAGCUCACUUCCUGUAUAGAACAUCCCUCAAACACUUUUAUUCAUGAAGGACAAAUUCAGCAGCAGGUUCAGUUCAUAAGCAAAUCUUUAUCAAAUAAGAACUUGUUACCAAUAGGUUGAAUUAAAUUUAUACAGAAAAAGAAUAGCUGGAGGAAUCCAAGCUCAGUCAGUCACAAAUAUGAAGAACCCUAAAAGAUUCCCAAGGUAUGGAAGACAGGUGAUCUCUGACAUCACUUCCUGCAUCUCAGACCAUGACAUCACUUUUCUAAAACCUCCUUUCUUUAGCAUGCAAACAUCUCUACAUGAUGGCUCUUCUGUCUUCUCUCCUUCAUUCGGCUCAGACACUGAGGAAAAAAACAUCUCAGUGCUGCAGUACACCGAGGAUCAGGGCCGCGCUCUGGGACUGGGCGGCUGGGUGAAGAACACCCGACAGGGGACGGUGAUCGGCCAGAUCCAGGGACCGGCUCAGCAGGUCAACAGCAUGAAACUUUGGUUGAAGAACGUCGGCAGUCCGAGUUCUCGGAUUGACCGAGCCGUUUUCUCCAAUGAGAGAGACAUUUCUAAACUGGAGGUCCAGGGCUUCUCCACUCGCUACUGAGCAUGCUCAGACCAAUUAACAGCUUCAUUAGUAGUUAUUAAAACUCCGCAAAGGAUGCAAACAAAUCUCAAACUAAAUGCAUUUCAGCUAAAUUUGCAAACUGUUAGCAGAUAAAACAUUUAACCUCAGAUCUGUGAAACAAUGUGUGAUUGAUUGAUCAGGAUUCAUGGAUAAUUAUGGCUGCAUGUCGUCACAGUGGAGCUGCUGACUGGUUUCUGUGAUGUGCUGCUGCUGUCGUCAGGCUGGUCAGCUGCUCUCAUAAACCUGCACAGCAUCAGAACAGCAGGAAGAUCCUUGAUGCUAAAGAUCAUCUACGUUUUAAUUUCCUGACCCUGACCGGGUCUGGCUCAGCUUUGACCAGAUUAACAUGUUCUGGACAUUUGACUACUAAGGAAAAGGUUUAAUGUGUUUGAUGUUGAAGACUAUCGGUGCAAAACAAUCAAAUCUUCACGUCUGUAGUUCAAUCAAGCUUCUCAACCUGCUGUCAUCUGCUGAGCAGAAGCUAGAAAGAUCAAUCAGCCGUUAGCUAACGAGGACAUCGUUAGCUAGAGCCUGACAGACGACUCUUGUGCUGUAGUUUGUUCUCUCCUGGAAAGCUUUUAAUAAAUUUAUUAAUUCUUCUAAUA